AUGCAAAAUAGUGGGGUUUUAGUUGAAGCGGAAUCAAUGCAUUUCUCGAGUGCAAAAGACAAAAACCCGUUAUGUGCCUCUAGCUCUUAUUUUGGGAUUAUUGAAGAGAUAUGGGAGCUUAACUACGUUAAGUUUACUGUGCCUGUUUUCAAAUGUAAAUGGGUAGAUAGUAAUAAUGGUGUGCAAGUUGAUGAGUUAGGAUUUACUUUAGUCGAUUUUCGUAAAGUUGGAUACAAGAAUGAACCAUUUAUCAUGGCAAGUCAAGCAAAGCAAGUGUUUUAUGUCAUUGACCCGAGCAACGAAAAUUGUUCAGUUGUCCUCCAUGGGAAACGACAAGUAUCAGAUGAUGAUAAGAAUGACUUGACUAUUGAUGUUUCUGAAUUUCCUUCCAACACAUCAAGGAUAGCUGUUGAAAAUGAAGAAGUUGAACUGGAUGAUGAGAUAUUUGAGUUGCCGAAUGAUAAAAAAUUGAAAGAAUACUGGUUAAGACGUGCUGGGGAAAAUUGGAGGAGUUUUAAGACGAGCCUCAAUCGCUACAUAUCCGGGAAACAAAAGGGUCAGCUUCCAUAUAUCAAGACUUACCCGUAUCUUGAUUUUAUACAUGGGAAGCUUUUGUUGCAUCUCGUCAAACUCCUGAAUUCUUAG